AUCCACAGAAGCAUGUUGCCAAUAAAUAGAAUCGGACUCAGACUGUUCCAUAACAGUGUCAUCUGUCGCAACAGUCUCUUCGGAGAGUUCACCAAGAGAACAGAUCCGGUGGCUGAUUUCAAGCCGAAGGAGGUGACAGAAGUGGAUUCUGAGUCAGAUAAGAAGGUCAGACCAAAGGACGACCAAGACUUACAAGCAUUCUACAGAAAGGAAAUGGAACAGAAGCAAAUCUCCGAUGCCAAGUUCAUCACCCCUUUAAAAAGAGAAUUGUUCCAGCUCAACGUCGAUAAGAACGGGUUUUUCAAGAACCAUGAUAUUGUCACCAAAGACAGUAAACCAUACAAGAUCUCCUUGACGGAAAAAGAGAUAGACAUAUUAGAACCUACCAUAUUUUUGAAGUCCUUGAGACUCAAAGGAUCGAUGAAGAAGGCCACUAUUGUCAACCGGUUUGUGCGGGGGUUAAAUGUAAAAAAUGCCAUAAACCAAUUACAUUUCAAUCCAAAGAAAAUGUCUACCGAACUUGAAAAAUUGUUGAAACAAGGUUUGGAACAAUCCCGUGAGUUGAACAUGAAUGAAGAUAAACUCUAUAUUCAAAGUUUAUGGGUGGGAAGUGAUGGAGACUGGCAAAAACGAUUGGAUCCUAAAGGAAGAGGUAGAAUGGGAAUGAUUCGUCAUAGAUACGUGCACUUGAAGUGCAUUUUGAAGGGAGAUUUGACCAAAAAACGGUUGGCAUACGAGAGGCAGCUCAAAGAUAGCUUUAAGAAGCCAAAGAUGGGGUUGAAUAAUCAACCAUUAAACUUCAGCAAUGUUCCGUUCUAUAAAUGGUAGAUUGGAAAUGGUUGCAACCCGGACCGUCGCAACCGCGAGUGCAACCGCCACAGCCCCAGGUCUCGAACUUUAAAACAACACUGCUCUAAUUACAUACUCGUACGUACAACCACUGCGGGCAAACCUGUAAAUAUAAAAUAAAUGGUUUAGAUGC